AUGGCUGAGGAUUCGAGAGGAACCCAGAGUGACACCACUUUGGCGACAGUUGGACUGAAUGGCGGCGAGCAGUCCAAGCCUCUGCCUCCUGGCAUGGUCCUGGGCCCUGAUGGAAAGCCCUGCCGGUCUUGCACGUCCAAGAGCGCAUUCUCGGCAUGGGCAGCGCAAGCUAAAACGAUGAAGGCACCCCAGACGACCGCCGCCGCGACAACGGCCUCGACAAUGCCCCCCGUUACCGAGACAGACGACUGCCCAGCCGAUGUCGAGACUCUCGGACGGCACUCGUGGACACUUCUCCAUUCCAUAGCAGCCACGUACCCUACCUCUCCGAGCCCCGCGCAGCAGGACGACGUCGUAGGCUUUGUCAAGCUCUUUUCCAGGCUCUACCCGUGCUGGGUGUGCGCCGAGGACUUCCAGAAGUACAUCCGAAAAGACCCGGUGAGGGCCGGCAGCAGGGGCGAAUUUGGAAAGUGGCUUUGCGAUGCCCACAACGACGUGAACAAGAAACUCGGCAAGCCCGUAUUUGACUGUUCCAGGUGGGAGGAAAGGUGGAGGACGGGUUGGAAAGAUAGGAGGUGUGACUGAAGCCGCACAACAUCUCAGGCAACUCGGAAACGACGCAUGAGCAAUCUCCAGUGACAAGUCGACGAUCGACAGCAUUUUCAAGGCGUUUGUAAGAAGGAUACGGUACAUGGAGAAAAGCAUCAUUGCUCAUUUAGAGAUAUCUACAGCCUAUGUGGAAGAAU